CGACACCGCGUGUUUGUCUGCGGAUUCGACAAGGGACACAUUACUACGAGCUGAACUGUAAUCGCCAUACAAACAAACAUUUAGACGAGGCUUUAUCUGGGACAUUUUUUACGCUUGUCGAAUACUGACUCAACGGUACUGAUACGGUCAUGAUAUCAGAAAUAACGUCCACAUGUGGAAGUUAAUCAAACAAACUGUAGGCGUUAUCAUUUGAAAAUAUAGUUAAAAUGGCGGUCUUCGCGGAGCAUGGAUUUAUAUGUUGCAUUUUUAUUUGUGUUUCAUUUCAAUAUGUGACAACUGACACACCACUGUAUCAUUUUACAUCAACCCAACAUGCCAUCCUUCCAACAGAAGGCAGCUACCACCUCAUCAGUAGCUACAUCCCAGUUGUGUAUGAAGAAAGAUCGUUUACAUCGUUUGUGAUAAGUACGAAUGGAUUGGUUGCCUUCACAAAUGACACCAGUAAAGCAGAGUUCAAUAAUGUGGACUGGAGCAAGGAUGAUAUAUCUCCUUUCUUAGACGUACCCUUCAUAGCUCCUUACUACCACGACGGAGAAAGAAUAGGUGUUCAUAAGGAUUACAAAGGCAGUGUGGAGUAUGAACAACUUGGACCUACCAACCCAGACAACAGAACCUUGCGUGACUUUGGGAAAUACUGCAGCUCCCAAGUUGUAGGGGCCAGUUAUUUCACUCCAACUUGGGGGUUGGUCAUAACAUGGAGAAAUGUCACAUCUAGAAACGUUCUCACUUGUACAGCAAGUUCUUGUCCGAGUAACACCUUCCAGUUGGUUUUGAUAACUGAUGGCAUGGAUUCCUUUGCAAUUUUCAACUAUGAGAAGAUGGACAUGUUACCUUGCGAAUAUUGUCAGGCCGGUUUUAACGGUGGCAACACGAUUGGCUGGACGGACAUCAUUUCUCGUAAAACAGACCUCCAAAAUCUUAAGACCCAACAGAGCAGUGACAUUGUAGGAAGAUACGUAUUCAAGAUAUCUCCAGGACGUGUUGUCAGAGCAGGGUGCUCUACGGAUUAUUUUUCAGAUCAACUUAGUAUUUACCCAACCUUUGCGGGAAUGUUUGGAGGUAAAAUGAUUGAUGUAUCCGGUCCCUGCUUUGAAAAGAAUCAACAUUACAGAUGCAGAUUUGGACAGGGUACCGAUGAGAGUAAUGCCACGUUCAUCAGCCCUAACCGUGUACGCUGCAUGGUGCCACGUCUAAUGGUCAGAGACAACAUCACUGUGUCUCUCAUUGCCAAUGGCAAAACAUACUUUACAGAUUUCUUCAUAGUGUUUCCCGGGAGACUGUCUCAGGGAGAACAUGUGACUACUGUGUCUAGUAAGGAUAACAUAACCUGGCACGAUCGCGACCCCUCACAGUUGACCUUGACCUGGAAGCCAGAGUUGCUUAGCAACAAUUCUAAUGACCGUGUGAAAAUAAACCUGAUUGGCUAUAAGGAAGAUAAUGAAAUGGGCUCAUACAAGCUUUUAACGAGUCUGGGCAGCAACAUACCUGCCUCAGCCGGCACCUACACCCUGGACCCGAGGCAGCACCAGUGCUCAGGGAGCGACUGCCAGUAUGAGAUUGGACUGCUCGAGGUCAGACUGAUAGACAAAGCAUUCCCAAUGAAAUACAUGUAUCUGUCGAGUGAAGUGAUACCCCUUGCUUGGUACGUCCAGACAUCAAUGCUAACACAGUAUGGAACCACUUGGCCUACUGACAUGUGUGUCAAGUGGUACAACCAAGACAAACAGGAUAUGAGCUGGCUGGAUGACUUGCUGAACUGCCCUUGCUCGCUGACUCAGGCUGUCUCUGAUUUUGGCCGAUGGCAGCCAGACGGUUCGUGCAACCUUCAGAAUGCAAAAAAUCCAAACAACUGCUUCUACCACACUACAGCAGUCCACUGUGUGAGAGCUGUGCAGCCUGUUCACGGAGCUGGCAACCAGUGCUGUUACAGUAGUACAGGACUUCUGAUCUACGCAGAGGACACGUUCCAGGGCAGUACGCCGGAUAAAGGGCACGAUUGGGGGGCAGCCCCCUAUGGGAAAAAGUUUUAUGUUCCCAGCCUUUCCCACUGGCUGGCAGAUGUGGUUACAUUCUACUAUUGCUGCCUUUGGACUAGGUACAACUCAUGUGAUUACUACAUGGAUCAGAGGCCUACAAAAAACUGUGCCGGCUACAACCCACCAAUACCUGCCAGUGUUUACGGUCAAGGUCAUGUGAUGACAUUUAGUGGGGUAUCACCGCGGCGUAUGUAUGGACCAGGUGAUUACGUUCUCUUCAGGAGUGGAAACACAGAAAUCCAGGGGCGCUUUAAUAGGAAUCCAUACCCAACAGAAAAGACAGACAGUCAUACUGUUUUGGACAUUGUUACUCUCGUGGGGAUUGCUGUUCAGGACAAAGGGACGUCAGACCGUGUGGAGAUUCAGCUACGAGGUCCUGACUAUGACCGCAGCACUCAGCAUCUCAACGUGCGAGUCAACGGACAGAACAUAGCGUUCAACGAGAAAUCACUGUUCUGGCAAGAUUAUAAGGGCGUGGCCAUAGUGAACACGGACGACCGCAACGAGCAGUCCAACUUCACUGUGCUGCUCUCCAAUGGUAUUGGCUUCCAGAUUGCAGAGACUUCCAACACUCUCCAGAUGGACCUCAUGGUGCCCAGAGCAUUUAAUAAUGCCUUGGGUCUAUUUGGAACUCUUUCUGGACACAUGCUCUUGCCAAAUGGAACAGCAAUUAACAUGAUGUAUCUCCGUGCAUCUGAUGAAUACAACAAAUUCCAGCUUGCAUGGGCUGUGCAGGAGAAUGGUAGCCUGUUCCGAACCCUCUUGCCUGCAAACCACUCCCUGCUGGGACCAGUCAAUGUUGAGCCAGCCCCUCUGAACACAGACACUCCAAUUUUCUGCAAACAGAACCAGGAGUGCAUCUAUGACUACAGGCACACCGGAUCCGAGGCUAUAGCCAGGAGCAGCAUUCAAGCAGCAGAACGAUAUGCUGCCCUUCACAACAACUUGCAACCUGUGAGGUCAUGUGGCAUACUUGACGUGCCCCGGUCCAGAAAGACAAACUAUGAUUACACGUUGGGAACCACGACCACGAUAACCAGCUGCAGAGUGGGUCAGCUGCAUGGAACCGCUACCUACACAUGUGUAGAAACCUCCAAUGAGACCCAGGCAUGGUCCCCAGCUGUAGAUGCAGUCUGUCACGCUACUACGUCAGCCGCCACACCAAUAUUUACGUCAACUGCAUACAACAGGAUGUCUACCACACAGCAAACGACAACAACGAUGUCGACUGCAACAAGUACCAUCAACAUAACAGGUUGCGUAGAUCUCCACUUUCCCGAACACUGGGAAACAAUCGGACCCAGCAUUCAACAUAUCAAGAUCCUGCCGAGUCCUUAUCAUGCUUUGGUCUACUGUCAACCUGGUUAUAACGCAUUCCUGGCUAGCCAACACAUAUACUCAGACCACUUUCAAAUCACAUGCAGAGAUGGUUCCUGGAAAUCCCACUCGGUUUGCCAGAAGAUAGAUGCAGUGAUUGUUGGAUAGCAAAUCGUCUUUGACAUAGGACUGGAAUAUUGUGCUGCGGUUAAUUAAGUAUUGAGCAAUUAUAACUUUGUAAAUUAUUUGUGUCGUUGGUCAUCCAGCUGUAAUAAGUACACAACUUAUAUUGAAAACGAAUUUAACAAUGAAUAAAUGUGUAAGAGAAUUGUACAGGAAUUCAUCUAUUUGAAAAACAGAUGGUCGUCAGAGUGUGUAAGGUUAUCCAAACAUAAAAUAAUGUUUUAAAGCAAUAGAGAAUAUACAGCAAAACUCAAAGUUUUGAGGCAGCUUCAUAUCAGACUAUAACAGUUAUUUGAACUUAUUUGAACUAAUUUGAACUAAUCAUCUGACAUUAAGAUGCAACGAAGAAAAUAAAAUAAUAAUCAUUAUAAUACAUGCUUUUGCAAAAAUAAUUGUAUCGUUAAUCGCGAAGUGAAACAUUGCACAUAAUUGAUUCAAGACAAUGUAAGCCUAUAUAACUGUCAUUGUAGAUGAUCAUGGAAAACUCAAUUUACCAUACUGUGGAACUUGUAAGCAUAAUUGGAGAUGUUUAAUUAAAUUAAUUGUAUUACA